AUGCUACUAUUCCAACUUCUCGUCAUGAAUACCUACCUAGUAGGUAGCUAUAUAUAGUUUAUAAAAGUUUUUUGAUAUGGACAAUAUAGGAGCCACAACUAAAAUACGAGGGUUCGCCGAGUAUUUCGUAGCUAGCCUCAAGCUAGAUACUAUGAAUUGGACCGAGGAGUUACGGCUUAUUGUGUGUUCCUGUGUACUUGCUGCUAUGAUUGUGAAAUCUAUCUCGACCAUCAGUCAGAGGCUGCAUGAUUAUCCCGCAUGUAACUUCGCAUGCAAUAAAUCCGCCUCAUAUUUCUAUGAGCCACCUAAGAGUCUAAGGAGAUGCAUACAUCGGACACCGGACAAAUUGGAGGGGAUUGUCAUUGAGGGUGUGUAGAUUCCCGUGGAGGCGUUUUCGCUUAAGUACACCGGUCGAUAAUAUCUUCACAUAUGAGGUUGAGGCGUCUUGAUGCAGAUUAAUGGCUGUC